AGGAGCGGGGGCCCAGACAGCAGCGGGCCGUGGUAAUGACAGGUCUGUCUGCUCCGGUCCGGCCUGUGCUGUCAGCGCCGCCACAGUCCUCCUCAUAGCAGAUGGCAGAGAGGUCACAGCCGGAAACCGCUCCGGUACCGCCGCCUGAUCGUUAGAGAGAUCAGAGAACUGUCCUUGAAGAUGUCUUCCAGUUUCCACGUCUUCUGACUCUAUUGUCAUGGACAAAUUUCUACAAAAAAAUCUACACAUUGUUUUUUUUUCUCGUGAAGAUCUUACUAUGGGAAACCAAGACAGGAGAAGCACCACCCAGUCCGGAAUGUCUUAUCUGGAACCAGUUUGUGUGACCUCUUUAUGGGCUUCUUAUCUGCGUGCCGCUGGUGGCCAAGACAUCAUCCACCACUGACUUGAGUCAGCAAAGAGAACUUCCUCAUUCUGUGGACAAGACACAUAUACUGACAUGAUCUGUAAUCUGUACAUACUGAUCUUGUUUUUCAUGUACGAUAGCUGGUAACUUACCAACCCGAAUUCCUUUAUGUGGUCAAAUUAUGCUGGAGGUUUUGUAGAUGACUUUUGCCGAUGGACCAUCUUCCAGGCUCGAUUGUGCAGUAUCAUUAGAUUACUUUGUGUGGAGGAGAUGCAUGGCAAAUAGCGUCUUCGUAUGGUCAUGGUCUGUACUCCUAUUGGAUCCAUGUGAAUUCGGCAACGUCUUCGUAGGAGGAAGAAGCUUCCACCACUGACUGUGAAAUGUAGGACAGAGGUUUGAAACGUUUUGUACAGAGGUUUUCAGAACAGACUUUAUAGAUUGAUUCCCGACUCGGGACAGGAACAGGAUCCUGCAUGAACGUCUCUAGACAGUCACUGUAGAGGACGUGAGGUCAGUUUAUUCAACUUGACCCACAUGCAAGAUCGAGAGACAUGGCUGUGGGAUGAACUUACCAAAGUGAGACACCCCAAGUCUCCACCCUCAGCGGGGUCUAAAGGUCGGUCUCCAGAAGAUGACCCCCAGCUCCUCUGACACUGUGACAUUUCUUGGGAUAGAAAAGGCUGGAGCCAUGAAUCUGCUGUACAGGAAGAGCCGAGUGGAGUGGAGACAGAAGGAGGAGGAACCUAAGAAAAGCUCUGGAAAGGUUCGGGACAUGGCUUCUUUCCGUCGCCAUUUCCGGAUGGGUUUCAUGACGAUGCCAGCCUCUCAAGAGCGGGCCCCUCUCCCAUGUGCCAGUGCCAUGGCCCCUCGGUCUCUUUCCUGUCACUCAGUGGGCAGUGCACCAGAGGAUAGUGGAAACGAAGGGGGCCCCCCGGGGAGGAGACCUCCAGCAAAACCUAAGAGAAACCCCAGCACAAAACUCAGCCUUGGUGGAGAAGGACGGACGGCAGAGGAACGUAGGAUCAGGAAGGAAGGGUCCAUAAAAAGUGCCUCUGACACUCGCCGGAUGCCCCCGCAGAAACCACAGCGCAGCCCCCAUACACAUCUGUCUGCCUCCUUUGACGACGCCUAUGCGAACCGACCUGCCUCAACAUCUGCCAUUCUCACUUCCAGCAAUCGCACCUCUUCGCCCUCCCCAGAAGAACCUGUGUACAUUGAGAUGGUAGGCAACGCGUCUCGAAGGCCUCCUCCCCCACCCACCCCAGCACCACCAGAGGAGGAGUCAGAUGGUGAAGAAGAGGCGAUCUAUGAGGAAAUGAAGUACCCUCUUCAUGAAGAGCAGCCAUCCCAUCUGAGACAUCCUCAACGCCGCCGGCUUCCACCACCUAGAACUCCGGAGGUUGACAUACCUCCACCUUUUCCUAACCUCCUACAGCAUCGACCUCCACUUCUUGGAGCACCAUCUGGAAAGGGCCAAAAAGUCACAAAGCCUUCGCAGCCGGCCGCAUCUUCUAAGCUGCCGGUUCCUCACAAGGAGAUGCCAAGCGCAGCCUCCUCAUCAUCCGUUCAUCUCCCUCCAUCUGGUCGUGCUCGCAGUCACUCAACACCGUUGCCCCCGCAGACGUCUGCCCAGCGUAGACCAGAGUCUGAAACCCCGAGAGGGUCGACGUUCUCACAGGAAAAGGGGUCAUCGAUGUUGCCCAUUCCCCAUGGACAUAAUCGGGACAAAGCCCUUUCUUACACCAUGGUGUAUUCUUCCGUCAAGGUGACACAUUCUCUCUUACCAGCCUCACAGGUUGAGGAAAAAACUGAGAGGGAGAUCUCGGUCUUAGCUGGACUUAUCUGUCCAGCAUCCCGUGUGGCGGGCACACAACUCCCAAGUCGACCUCCUUCAGCACACCUCCAUCAGGUCCAAGGGGAGCAGGCUUCUCCUGCCGUCUGGACAUACCCUACGGGCAAGAGACCACCAGCAUACGAGACCAGCAUAAAGGGCUCAAGAACACCAGUCGUUCAGGCCUCCGAAACCCGUGUAGGUGUUGGGGCAGCAGAGGAGGAGAGGCCUGGGUCUGUAUGGGAAUUACAGAGAAGGAUGUCAUGUGGGCGUCGGAGCCAACUUGGUGAACCAUUACCCGAUGCUCCCCGCGUUUGGAACGGGAAUCCAGGAAGACCAGAGAAGACCGGCCAUGGGACAACUGCAUCUGGGAUCCCUGUUCGGAGCCAACAAAGCCUGGACAGUGCACUUGCCCGUGGGGUGGCACGGACCGGUCUUCCAGUGCCAUGCCAAACCUUUCCAGCAUGUCACAGGAGUGCAGAUUUCGGAGGUGGAUAUCGCCUGGGCCGUUCCGCCUCUACCUCCGGGGUGCGCCAGACAUCUGCCCACAGGCAAAAUCAGAACAUUAUUCCCAAAUGGAGUUCUCACCUCUCUGCAGAGCAUUACUGCUGCAUUGUGAUCAUCCUCUUUCUCCGCAGAGCGAUUCGCCUCCAUGCUGAUUACUUUCCGCUGAUUUCUGACCUCAUUUCCUAUCUCUCCCUGCAGAGCCUCAUUCAUGCUUCCCGUUAUCUCCAUUACCCAUGUGUGCAGAUUAUCGCACCUCUCUGUACAGCAAGAGCCUCGCAUGCACAUACUCUCAUCUUCACACAGGCGGUUUUGUCCCCCACCCCCACGCUGCCCUCUGGUGGCCGGGAACGUGAUGGAAAAUUGCAGGAAGUGAUUGAGAGGAAGAGAUUUCUGUGCCACGAGAUCAAGUCGCGGCAGCCACGGGCAGAGAGGGGGCUCUGCAAGCAGGAGAGCCUGCCCAUCCUUCCCAGCUGGAGGCGGGGGUCUGAAGUCCGGAAAGGGGGCACCCCGCCAUGCCAUCGGCAUCAGGCUGUGUUGUGGGACACUGCCAUCUGAGAAUCCUCCCCCUUCUCUGUACCCAGGGGCGCUGGCCGAAACCCUGCGGUGGAGGUGGGCAGGAGGUCUGUGGGGGCAUGGGGGGAUAGUCUGCAGUAGUGGGGGAUGAUGAGGGUGAUAGUCCAUUCUUGACCAUGCCAAUAGUUGAUGAGUUGUCACCCAUGAGAAGGAGCCCCCAAAGUACUAGGGUCACUUCGGGUCAUCCGCCAGCGAGGUCAAGGGCUAACCGGGCAGAAUGGCGCCGAGCUGUCCACACACACGGAGCGCUUCCCGCGCGGAUCGGAGGGCGAAUCACCCAAACUAAGAUUGAUGGGCAAAUCCAUGAAACUAGUCAGCUGCCGUCCUAUGGUCCGCGGGGCGGCACCGGGAAUGUCUGGCAGGGUUGGCACAUUUUGGGUGGAGUCCGCCUUUAAGGGCUCAUUCACACAACAGUUUUUGCGUCUCGGGUGCGGACCC